GGAGGCAAAGAUUAGGUUAGGCUAGGAGGAGGAGGAGGAGGAGGAGGAGAGGUGGAAAUGGCGGGAGGUUAGGAUUACAUAGGCUGGGCUAGGAGGCAAAAGUUAGGCUAGGUUAGGUUAGGAAGAGGAGGAGGCGGGAUGACACAGGAAGGCGCGAUGACACAGGAAGGCGGGAUGACACACGAAGGCGGGAUGACACAGGAAGGCGGGAUGACACAGGGAGGCGGGAUGACACAGGAAGGCGGGAUGACACAGGGAGCCGGGAUGACACAGGGAGGCGGGAUGACACAGGAAGGCGGGAUGACACAGGAAGGCGGGAUGACACAGGGAGGCGGGAUGACACAGGGAGGCGGGAUGACACAGGAAGGCGGGAUGACACAGGAAGACGGGAUGACACAGGGAGGCGGGAUGACACAGGGAGGCGGGAUGACACAGGAAGGCGGGAUGACACAGGGAGGCGGGAUGACACAGGAAGGCGGGAUGACACACGAAGGCGGGAUGACACAGGGAGCCGGGAUGACACAGGAAGGCGGGAUGACACAGGGUGGGUUUGGAGGGAGGCAAGGUUAGUGGUGAGUGGUGAGUGGUGACGGUGAACGGGGGAAGUAAGCUAGCGAGUGUUCAGUUUGCCACAGGACACCGCUGAGGACAGAGGGAAUUAUAUGAAAGAAGUGAUCGCUGGAAAAACACAAAAAGACAAUACGAACUAAAAAAAAAAAAAAAAAAGGAAAGAAA